UCGACUUCACACGUUAUUUCACAAGAAUUUAAAAAUGGCAAGUUUGAUAAACUUUAGGUUAAUUUCAAAUAAUAAAAUUAGGUUUAUACAAAACCAUGGCCGAUGUCGAAAUAAAAGUAAACUUUUUAUUCAAUCAAGAAAGUUUUCUAUCAACUGGCAAGAAUCGAAAGUACAAAUACCAUUGGAAAAUGAAAAAAAAAAUCUAACACUUUCUACUGGUAAACUUGCAAAAUUUGCUGAUGGAUGUGCUAUUGUAACUGCCGGGGAUACUUCUGUGAUGGUGACAUCAGUUAGUAAAACCUAUGCAUCUUCAAAUUCAUUUCUUCCUUUAAUUGUGGAUUAUAGACAGAAAGCAGCGGCUGCUGGACGUAUACCAACUAAUUUUUUAAGAAGAGAAUUAGCUCCAACUGAAUCAGAAAUUCUUACAAGUAGACUGAUAGAUAGAUCGAUAAGACCUUUAUUUCCAGAAGGUUAUGCUUAUGAUACCCAAGUGAUGUGUAAUAUUCUAGCCAUUGAUGGAAUUAAUGAAGCUGAUGUAUUAGCUAUCAAUGCAGCUUCAGCUUCUCUAGCACUUUCGGACAUUCCAUGGAAUGGUCCAGUAGCAGCUGUUAGAGUAGGUUUUAUAGACAACGAAGUGUUAAUUAAUCCAACUCGUUAUGAAAUACAGAAGAGUAAUUUAAAUUUAAUUGUAACUGCUGCUAAUCAUAACUUAAUAGUUAUGUUAGAUGGUUCAGCAGAUAUUAUUUUGGAACAGGAUUUAAAAAAAGCUAUUAAAAUUGCCACUAAAGAAUGUCAAAAAAUCAUUGUUGGCAUCGAGAACUUAUGUAAAAAACAUGGAAAACCCAAGAGAGAGGUAGAAAAUCUAAUUAAUAUCCCCGAUGAAUUAAAAAAAACUGUUCGCGACUUGACUGAAAUUAAAUUACGUGAUAUUUUCACAGAUAUUAAUCAUGACAAACUAUCACGUGAUAAUGCUGUAAAUAAUUUAAGAAAUCAAAUUGUAGAUACAAUGAAACAAGGUGUUGAUAAUUUAGACCUUCCUGCUGUUGUUGAAGCUUUUAAUAUUAUUACUAAAGAAACUUUUAGAUCUUUAGUGUUUGAAAAUGACAUUAGAUGUGAUGGACGUCGUUUGGAUCAACUUCGAGAUAUUAAAUGUGAAGUGGAUCUUUUUAAACCCCUCCAUGGUUCGGCUUUAUUUCAACGUGGACAAACUCAAGUUCUUUGUUCUGUCACUUUAGACUCUAUAGAUAGUGCUUUGAAAAUGGAUACAAUAUCAAUGUUGACCACUGGACUGAAAGAAAAGAAUUUUUUUCUUCAUUAUGAAUUUCCUCCAUAUGCAACGAAGGAAACAGGACGCACUGGAGCUGUUGGAAGACGAGAAAUGGGUCACGGAGCUCUUGCAGAACGUGGAUUACGACCGGUUAUUCCUCAAGAUUACCCUUUUACCAUUAGAUUAACCAGUGAAGUCCUGGAAUCCAAUGGAUCAUCAUCAAUGGCUUCAGUUUGUGGAGGAAGUUUAGCUUUAUUUGAUGCUGGAGUUCCAAUAUCUGCUCCCGUAGCUGGAGUGGCAAUAGGACUGAUUACCAAAUUUGAUUCCGACACUCGAGAAAUCACAGAUUACAAAAUUCUUACUGAUCUUCUUGGAAUUGAGGAUUACUUAGGAGACAUGGAUUUCAAAAUCGCUGGAACGAAGAAAGGAAUUACAGCUGUUCAAGCAGACAUAAAAGUACCGGGUUUACCGUUAAAAAUAAUUAUGGAAAGUAUCAGUCGAGCAAUUACAGCUAAAAGUGAAAUUAUUCAAAAGAUGAAUUCUACUAUAGCUGCACCAAGAAUGGGAAAAUCCAACUUGCCAAUAACACAAGAUAUUGAUGUUCCGGCUCAUUUGAGAGGGAAAUUUAUUGGCAUUAAUGGCAGUAAUAUAAAGAAAAUAUAUUUAGAAACUGGUGUUAGUGUACUUACUUCAACUCAAGAUAAUAAUUUUUCACUGUUUGCUCCCAACAAUACAGCGAUGAGUGAAGCUAAAGAAAUGAUUGAUUCAAUUCUAAAAGAAGAAAAAAUUCCAAAUUUAGAGUUUGGCGGUAUUUACACUGCCAAGGUCGUUGAAAUAAAAGAGAAAGGGGUAAUGGUUACGUUAUAUCCAAACAUGGUGCCAACUUUACUACAUAUUUCACAAUUAGACCAACGACAGGUAUUACAUCCUAGUGUUUUAGGUAUUGAAGUAGGACAGGAAAUACAAGUAAAAUAUUUCGGUAGAGAUCCAGUGUCUGGGUCGAUGAGAUUAUCUAGAAAAGUUCUUCAAACGACGAGCUCAGUAAUUCGUAAUUAUACGUCAUGAGUAGAAUUUUAAAAAUCUAUUUUUUAAGAAUAUGUAAAUAUCUAGUGUUAAGAACUUAUUUCUGUACAUAGUUUAUUCUACCUCAUAAUUCUUUCGUCUCAA